AUGAGGCGCCAGAUGGGACAAAAGAGGAUUCGGUAUGGUUGGACUUGUCCUGGUCGGAAACGAAUGCCACAAGUAGAACUACCUGCGACAAGCUGCAUGCAGCAACCACUCGUUGAUCUCCGUUCCAGAAGGAUCCAUAGCAGCAGAUAUCUUCAGCAACACGGCAACGGCGCCAGCAGUGCUAGUUAUAUUGAUCAGUGGUUCAGCUCCAUCGUAAAACCACAAGAGUUCUACGAUGCGCAUGCCAAUGACGAACCAAGACGAUACUUUUACAACAUUGACCUGCAAGGGAGAUUCUUUCUUGAGGAAACACUACCCAAAAACAUUGCUACUUCCAUCAAAGAUACUCGUUUCUUGGACUUUUUCUUUCGCCGAAUACGAUCCGUAGGGACACGAGAAUUAUCCAUUAUGAACGAAUGCGGUAUUGCACAAGAGGAAUAUCCCUUUGUCUCGUGGUGUGGCAAAGAACUCAACUUCAUCCGUCCAGCCGCCACUCCCAUUGUCUUUCACACGCACGAGAAAACGAAUGCCAGUCAACAACACUCCGGUUCUUCCCUAUUGAUAUAUGCUGGAUCACAAGCACAAGAGUUUCGAGUCGCCUAUUUGGCCAUUUCCCAAGAAUCGGGGCGAUUGUACCACAAGUGUGAUCACUUGCAAAAAGCAGCUGCCAAAGCCAAUGCAAAACCAGAACAACAACAACAAUAUGCUCUCAUUCGAUCGGCAGUGGUGGUUGCACUUUCGGAUCAGAUUGGUCCGGAUGACGGCGGAGAAAACGACGAGGGGCUAGCCUUUUUUACUGCCGACGAUGAACCUCAUCCCAUCCCAUGGUUGCCGGAGGCCGCGGAACCUGGAGCAUGGGCCAUGCCUUUUGCAGAGGGCGGUGAAUGA